GCUGCUGCUGUGACUGAGCUGCGGCCGCUUCCGUCUCGUUAGUGGAUACUUUGAGUCGCGUUAAAAUUGGAAUUUAGUUUCUGCCUCAUCUGUUUCCCCUCACAGUUUUUGUCUAAAUUCUUGGAUUUUGUGUGUGUGGUUUUUCCCUCGUGUGUUUGUUACCAAUCCUGGAGCGAAUCGACCUAAUUUCCUUUUGCCCAAUCUUGGGAGCUGAGCCUUCGGUGCGUUUGAUGGCAAGUUGCAGAGCUGCGAGGAUGAAAUGAUGAUAAAAGUUAUAGAAACUGAACUUCUCUUCACUUGAUUGCUGUUGGAUGAAAGGAACUGAGACUAAUUGCUUGAAUUGCUUAAAACACUGACUUGGUUGUUCUAGAGGACACCCAAACUAAUAUCAUCAUGAACAGCGAUGAGCAAAGCAUUGCAGUGCCACAGAAGUUAUUGAGUCCAAGCCGGAGUUCCAACAGCUCUCUCAGACCAGAUAUUCGCCAGCAGGAUAGCUGGGAGAUCGUGGAAGGACUUCGAGAUAACAUGAGUAAUAUCCAAGAGCCUCAGAAGAAGGAAGGUUACUUGCUGAAGAAGAGGAAGUGGCCCCUUAAGGGCUGGCAUAAGCGAUACUUCUUUUUAGAUAAAGGGAUCAUGAAGUACUCAAAAUCUCAGUCUGAUAUUGAGAAAGGAAAACUUCAUGGAUGCAUUGAUGUCGGCCUGUCUGUGAUGUCGAUAAAGGAAAAAGCAAAAUGCAUUGAUAUAGAUACAGAGGAGCAUAUAUAUCACUUGAAGGUGAAAUUCAAAGAGUCUUUUGAUGAUUGGGUGGCAAAGUUACGUCAUCACAGAUUAUACCGUCAAAAUGAAAUUGCGAAGUUCCCACAUGAUAUGUCUAGUCACUACUUCACAAUAUCAUCUACUGCAGAUUCCCCACCCAGCUCUUUGGACUCACCUUCUUUAAGAAAGUUGCAGAGGGGCAGCCUAACCAAGCAGUUGUCAUUCCACAAUAGCCCGAAUUUUCCCCUUGCUUAUCCCAACAACCAAUCUAAGGUGGCAGCCUGGUUGCAAAGUUCUGAAGACAUAGAUAAAUGUUCAAAAGAUCUUUCUCGGUGCCAUUCAAAUUUAACAGAAUUAACACAGCUUUUACAAAGUAUGGAAGUUAUUCAUAAGACAUACUCAGCACCAGCUAUAAAUGCUAUUCAGGGUUAUGCUUUUGAAAGUCCCAAAAAGGAAAAACCUGUUCAGAGUAGAUGGCGCACCAAGAGUUUUGGCAAAGAUGCUAAAUCAACAUUACAGGUUCCAUCUAUCUCCACCAGCCCAAUGCGACUGCAUGCAUCAAAUCCUAACCUCUCUGAGGUAUUUCAAGGAGAAAUCAAACAGUUUUCAGAUAGCUCAGAUCUGCCCUCAGAUUAUUCAAAACUGCAAGAAGACUUUUGCAACAUUGCGUGUGAAGUUCACUCUACUUUAAAGUCUGUAUUCAACUCCUUGGUAAUUGAAAAGGAAACAUUCAAACAGUUGAUAUCAGAACAUGAUGCUUGUCACGCACCAUCUGCACAGAUAAUUGGUCUGAAGACUGCCUUAACCUCGGCUUUAGCUCAGAAUGCAGAGUUCAAAGGCCGGCUGUGCAGGAUACAUGCUGAAUCUAGGCUGGUAGAUCCAGCUGUCACUGUAUAUUCGAGUCCAGGUUCGGUUAAGCAGCAAGAUCUUGCUCAAGUAACCAAUCCUCUGGUCCAUCAACUUUCAAAUGAAAGCAGGGUUUCUCGAGCAGACUCUCUCUGUGAGUUCUUUGAUGCACAGGAAGUCUUGCUGUCAGCGAGCUCAUCAGAGAAUGAGGCCUCAGAUGAUGAUUCAUAUGUCAGUGACAUAAGUGACAAUGUUUCAGAAGAUAACUUGAGCACCGACGCAGAGGCAAAUUCUCAGAAUACAUGCCCUGCCCAAAAUGGUACAAGUCACAAUAUUAGAAGAAGAUCAUGCCUGCCAGCUCCAGGACCAGCCAAUAGUAACAUAAGCUUGUGGAAUAUUCUAAGGAAUAACAUAGGGAAAGAUCUUUCUAAAGUUUCCAUGCCAGUGCAGUUAAACGAACCAGUGAACACGCUGCAGCGCCUCUGUGAAGAACUGGAAUAUAGUGAGCUACUGGACAAGGCAUCUCAAUCUGAUGAUCCAUUUGAAAGAAUGGUUUUUGUGGCAGCUUUUGCAGUUUCAGCAUAUGCAUCUUCAUAUUACAGAGCUGGAAGUAAGCCAUUUAACCCAGUUCUAGGGGAGUCCUAUGAAUGCAUAAGAAAAGAACAAGGCUUCCGGUUUAUUGCUGAACAGGUCAGCCACCAUCCUCCAAUAUCAACAUGCCACGCUGAAUCAAAAAACUUUACUUUCUGGCAAGACGUGAGGUGGAAGAACAAGUUCUGGGGUAAAUCAAUGGAGAUUGUUCCUGUUGGUACAAUUCAUGUAACUCUACCAACGUAUGGAGAUCAUUAUGAAUGGAGUAAAGUAACCUCUUGUGUACACAAUAUUUUGAGUGGACAGAGAUGGAUAGAGCAUUAUGGAGACAUUCUCAUUAAAAAUACAAAUAGCAGCAUUUGCCAAUGCAAGUUGACAUUUGUGAAGGCAAAAUAUUGGAAUUCAAAUGUUAAUGAGGUUGAAGGGACAGUAAUGGACGAAAGUGGAAAAGUAGUAAAUCGACUAUUUGGGAAAUGGCAUGAAGGUAUAUAUUGUGGAACACCCCCAUCGGCAACCUGCAUCUGGAGACCAAAUGCCAUGCCAAAAGACUUUGAGCAGUACUAUGGUCUUACCAAAUACGCACUAGGAUUGAAUGAAAUGGAACCUGAUGAAAAGUUAUAUCUGCCACGCACUGAUACAAGAUUUAGACCUGAUCAAAGAUGCUUGGAAGAAGGUAACAUAGAGGCUGCAGAAGCUCAGAAAGAAAGAAUUGAACAACUUCAAAGAGAAAGGAGGAGAAUUCUUGAAGAAAACAACAUGACACAUCAACCUCAAUUUUUUAGACAAUCAUGCGAAGGUGGAGAAGACAUGUGGGUGAGCACGGGGACCUACUGGGAACUUCGGAAAGAUCCAGGUUUCAACAAGCUUGACAGUCCAAUACUUUGGUGACACUGUAACACUUUGUUUCAUUCUGUGUUUCAUGGGUAUCAUCAUUUAUUUAUUACUAAUAUCUGUACCAUCUUCAUUUGAUAAUCUUCAAAUAUGUAGUUAUUUCUCUACUUAUUCUUUAUAAAUUUGUAAAGAUAUGAAAACUUAUCUCUGACUUAAUGCCUUAAACGGUAGAAUAUAAAACCUGUGCAAUGUUUGCUUCAAGUAGCACUUUAAGCAGUGCAGAGUUAGAUUACUUACAAAAAAUAAAGCACAAACAGUAGAUGCAUAAUAUAUUAGUAUUUAUUGCUUGCAAAGAGAAUGAUCAAAUGUCCCUCUAUAAAUUAGUAUCUCAAGAGGCUAUUGUGUUGUUCAUUUUACUAAGGCACGUGGUAUACUUCCAAUAUUGAGCUUAUUCCAAGCAAAAUACAGAAUCAUUGAACGGCAGUUGCAUGUAUUCAAUAUACACUAAUAGUCAGGUGUAUCUAUUAUUUUAAUGUACCUGCUUUUAAAAGAGAACACUCCAAGAUCCUUCAAAUAAAGCAUUUCUACAGUAAAACAUUUGUCACUACGAACAUGAACCUUCUGCUACAUUCAGAUGAAAUGCUGACAUCAGCACAAGACUACAUUUAAAACUUUUUUUCCUGGUCUUGUUGCCUGUUUCCUUCCCUGCCCUCACCAAUGUGGGAAAAAAUGUGCCUAAGCUUAUGAAUGUUGAUAAGCCAAAAGGAAACUUGAUGCAAGCAAUUUUAACCCUUUCCUAGUAACUGGAAACAGGUUCAAAAUUUCUACCAAUGUCUAUUUUUUAACCCUGGGGAAACAUGAAUCUUGCCCCAACAAAAUCUUGGCAAAUGAGUGGAAAAAAAUUUUAACCCUACCUAAUUGUGAUUUGCUGAAUACAUACCCAGUUUAAGGAAUGUCAACCAUCCAUGAAUGCAGAGGUGUAACUGUUGGAUUUUUUUUUUCCACAAUUUUUCCUGUAUCUCCUGCAGCUCAGUGGGAGCACUGUCAUCUCAGAGCCUCAUGAUUCCAUGUUAACGUCCCUCUCCUUGUCUUGAAUCCACAACAACAAAGGCUAGCACUCCAUUGCGUUACUGAGGGAACACUACCUUGUCAUUCAGAUUAAACAUUAUAACUGAGGCUCCAUGUGCCUGUUACAGGUGGAUGUAAAAGGUCCCAUGGCCCAAUUUUGCAGAAGAGCGGGAGUGUUGUACUCUACUGUCCAGGCCAAUAUCUGUUACUUAAUCAAUGUCCCUAAAACAGGGCAUCAUUACAUUGUUUUACACAUUCACAUUUUUAAAAAAUGUUGGUAAAGUUUGGUUAUUAGCCUGUGACACAACCUAAGGAGACAAACACAUUUUUGUAGAUACUUCUACUUGACCACAAUAGCUAGUCUUUAGUAUGUUGAUGUACAAUUGAUCCUGGAUCAGAUAUAAACUUGUCUGUUACAGCACACGAAGUAGGCCGUGGGAAGCUGUUGAUAGGUUUCACCAUUCUAAAAGUUUUCAGGUUUUGUUUUUGUACACAUGCUACCUCUUUCAAUAAAGCAAAUAAUUUUAUCUUGUCCAGCUCUUAAUGCUGCAUGUGAAUCCUUUUGCCUUAAGUUAAAUCACUCCAAGAGAAAAACGUGGCCUUUUUGAUCUGGUGACAGGACAAUCCUCAAGCCACAAACUUGUCAGAAGGGGAAACUGCUUCUGUCUAUCUCAACUUCCUGUCAUGUUAGCUGUGAACUGACCUGCAAUUUAUUGUCAGCAAGAUGGUAGCAAUGGCAAUCACAUAAUUUGCUGGCAAGAUUUGUACUCUAAUUGGGCCAAAUUUGUUUUACCUCAUUUCAACGAACCUGCUUUGGUUUCUCUUUCCACACUUCAAAGACAGAAUGAUAGUAUGUGGUAACUUCGUGUAAAAUGCCAUCUAGUGGCAGGUCAGUUUAAAUUUAUUGUGCCUCCUGCACUCUAAUGUAAAAUGGGCUUCACUGAGAGGUAUGAAACAUUUAAGUCAAAAACUACAAAUUGCAUUUAAAGAAAUGAAAUGAAAGUUUUCUUUGCUGUUUAAUUGUACGUUGUAUCCUUUCUGUUCUGUGCCAUUAAAGUACAACACCUUUUCAAAAAUACAGCUAUUUGCAAUGGGUUGAAUGAGCUGAAAUGUGCAAUUGAAACUGAUACUUUGAGUGCAUUGAAAACAGCUUUUGUAAAUGUGUAGUUUUUUUAUGUUUACAUAUGCUCUUUUCUCCAUUUUAUGCUGUUGAACAUCUACAUGAUGGGAAAUGAUUUUCCAACCGAUGAAUAUUACACUACAGCUGUACAGCUCUAUAACUUCGAGGAAACCACAAUUUGGCAGUUUCUUCUAUUCUGUAUUUGCCUUUCAAAGGAUUGUUAUAAAGCUUCAUUAAAGGAGAAUUCAGAAUAUUAAUCUAAGUGCCUGAAGUUAAAUAACUGUUCCAGGUAGUUAGUUUUAAAAUGCUUUCGAUGAGUCUAUUUGUUGUCAUUAGUAACCCUGCAAUUGAUUGUAACAAAUAAUCACCUGAGAUCAGUUAGCUGAUCACCCUUGUCACUCCACUACAUUCAAAUGUACUUAAAUAGAUGAAUUCUUUAAAUAGGAUGAGUACUUCUAAACGCACGGUGUCACUUUCUAAGCAACAUUAGUUAUCAGUUUGUUUAGCCUGAAAUCUGUGCAUCAAUCUCAAUUAUGAUGACCACCUCCAAAUGUAAUACUUUAUGAUUUUAAAUAGUUUGUUGCACUGUACUGAAUUUCCUGAGUUUGAAGAUACGUUACUUGUUCCCAGUCUUGCACUACUGCUGCUCUGUUAUUGAACACCACCAGUUGGCUUCCCUGCCUUUUAAUUUGUUAAUCCUCUCCUCUUAAUUUCUACCUGAUACUUCCCUAUCAGGGACAUGCAGAUUAGGAAACUAGGACUUGAGGUAAUUUUCUCUUCAUAUUUUCAGUACUCAUUUGGAUGAGAAUUGUUUUUGUUCUCAACUUAAUUUCAUCAGAAUUCAUAUUCUGUUUCUCUCGGCAAUGUGGAAUUUAAUGGCUGUCUUGCACUCAAAGAUCAGAAAGUUAAAAUUUUACUGUUUAGUUUACAGACUUUGACUGUCAUUUUACAGAAGGAGGAUUUCGGUAGAUCAUUGCCAGACUGCACUUUUUACGAAGUUUUGUUUUAAACUAUCUCUUGUUUAGUAGUUGCUCUUGCUGCUAUCCUGGGUGAUCCCAAGAUUGAAUUAUAGAAUUUAACCUCUGAAAGACUUAGGACAGAACUGAAUUUAUUUAUAACUCCCAUUUAAAUUCUGCAAACUAUCAAUAUAUAUGGUCAAUUUAUUGCUCACCUUAAGAUACUUUUUUUUACAAUGUAUAUGCCAACGUUUAUUGUUCAGAUGUUCUCUGUACCAAACAAAACUUUGAAGCUUGUAGGAGGUCGGAGAGGAGCUCCGUACACUGAUUCCAUUUGAAGGAACUAAAAUGCAGAAACUGAGUGUAUUUGUAUGUGUACUUCAUGAUACUUUUGUAAGGGGGAGGAUGCUACAGUUCAGUGUAUAUUCUGUGUCUAUGUUAUAAAUACAAUAAACUGGU